UCGUCUCUUUGGUCGUGCUAUAAAAAGCAAAGCAUAUCAGUAAAGUUGUUCAUUUAUGCAUUAUCAGCUAGCAAGUAACGUGUAGUAGUUGUAGUAGUAGUACCCCCGUUCCAGAUUUCAAAAGCCACAACCAUGCGGAUUAGUUUGGUGAUCCUUGCGGCAUUUAUGCUUCUGUUCCUGCUCGUCGAAUCUGCUGCAGCCGGCAAACGGCGGAAAAUCAUCAUCCAUGUACCGGUCAAAGUGAAGCAGCAGAAGCAUGUGCACACGGAAGUGAAAACGGUGCACCACCAUCACAAACCGACGGUGAUCAAGGAGGAGAAGAUCGUGAAGAAAGAGGUACACAAGCCGGUCGUGAUCAAGGAGGAGGUGGAGCACGAACACUUCCAUCAUCACUACAAGCACGAUCAUCCAACGUUCGAGAUCGAUGGUCACGAUGCGAAUGGGCUGGGCUCGAGCUUAAUCAGCUAGGCUGGUAGGCGAACGCUACCGAACUACACUGCCACCGGAAACUAUUACGAUAAGGUGCAUGGAAAUGAAGAAAAGGUUAAUAACAAUUUGCAAAAACGGAACCACACAAAACAAAACGGACGGUAAAAUAGAAAACAUAAACAAUGAAAAAAAAAAAAACAUAAUGAAACAACCCAAAAAGGGAGGAAAAAUCAACUACAUAAACAUUAAUAAAAUACCUUAAAAAUAA